AUGGUGCUAAGAAAACCGUUGUUGCUGUUUCUGCAGCUUUUGGCUGCCCGCCAAAUAGCGGAUCAGAGUGCGCCACAGUGGGAUUACCGUGAUACAAAUAGAUGGAUCGCAGAUUAUCCAACUUGUGGUGGAUCGCAACAGUCGCCGAUCAAUUUGGAUCAUUAUACGUCUAUCGGAUCGCUCAAGCCGGCUUUGAAGUUCAGAAACUAUGCACAGCCGUUCGCUGGCCGACUGACGCUCGUCAAUAACGGUCACACAGCUGACAUAGCACUGCCGGAGACUGUACGUGGACCGCGACCAACUAUCACAGGCGGUCUGUUGGAUGGCGUCUACGAAGCGCAGUCGGUGCAUUUUCAUUGGGGUGCGCCAGGUGGUGCUAGGGGUUCGGAGCACACCGUAAAUGGUUACCGUUACGAUGUGGAAAUCCACAUUGUGCAUAAAAAUAUGAAAUAUGGCAACGCACAGGAAGCAAUGCAACAUCCAGACGGUUUGGCUGUGUUGGCCGUUAUGAUUAACAUUGUGGACAUUCCGCAAACUUAUUACCCAGGCCUGAAUAUAGUUUUCAAUUCAUUACCCAGAGUGCGGGCGGCCAACACGAACACGACUAUCAUUAAUCAACUUAGCUUGAAUCACUUUCUGGGUGAUGUGGAUACCCGAAACUUUUUCGCCUACAGAGGCUCACUGACCACACCGCCCUGUUCGGAAGCGGUUACCUGGCACGUUUUUCCCAGACCGCUUUUGAUAUCACGUGAAAUGAUCCAAAGAUUCUUCGAACUGAGACAGACCAAUGGUGCACCGUUAUGGAACAACUAUCGGCCAUUGCAAGCAUUGAAUAGGCGCCAGGUUUAUCGGCGUAAAGGCGGUAUUUAG